CAUGAAGGGAGUGUCGCUGGGCAAGCUUUGAUUAUACAUUAUCGAUGAGUAGAUCGAAUUGAAAGCUCAUACUUCUAUUCCAGGAAUUCUCAGCAGUGUGCCACCUGAUGGAAUGUUCCAUUCUCUGAGGGCAGGGGUGGGAAUCACUGACCUCCAAGAAAAAGUUUGCAGCCAUCUCUUGCUUGGGUCAGCAGCCUGCCAGGGAAUCGCAGCCACUCGGGGAAGUCAGCUGCACCGGGGAAGUUGGAAUAAUGCUGAGGCCUCUGCUGAUCCCCUGGACAUACUUCUGUCUUCAAACCUGGCUGGGAAUCCCUCAGGUGCCACCCCACAGCCUAAAGGGGCUCAGACUCCUGUCAACCCCUGGUUAACCAGUGUGAGGUUUGUACUGUCCGGGGUUGCUGUCCUCCAUGUGCGUUUGGGGGUUGUAUCCUGGAUGAACCUUCCCAUGGGCACCGCCAGCCCUGGAGCAUGCAGUGCAUGGAUGGCAUACAGAGAUGGCAACCUGCUGAUUCCCACUGAGGCAAAAUGUCAGGAGGAGCUGAGCAUGAUGUCUGAUGCUUUUGAUGACCAGUAUAUAGGAUGUGCUGAAGAAAUGGAUGGAAUUGCACCUGAACUGCUAAAGAAAGAAAAGUCAAAGUCCUCUCUGUUUAGAACAGUGUGGGAAAAUGCAGAAAAAGAAUGGGAAUGUGUAAAAAAAGAAAUUUCUCUCCCCAAAGGCUUUAAAGAUGAGCAUGGAAGAGCCAUAGUAGCCUAUACUGACAAUGACUUUCACAGUGAGUUGAAUGCGGCAGUGAGAGGGGCUGGGACAUCUCGAGCUCAUUACAUGGCCAGUUUCCAGUUCAAAGCCUUUCAUUAUUACUUGGCCAGAGCUUUACAGCUCUUACGAGGGAGGUGUGAUGUGAUGUACAAUAUGACAGUGUACCGGGGGGUUUCUGCCGGUUUUCAGCACACAGGAUCAGGUCACAUCAGGUUUGGACACUUUGCCUCUUCAUCUAUUAAAGAAGAAGUGGCUGAGAGAUAUAGCACUAAAAACCUAAGCGCCACGCCCACACUCUUCACCAUCCAAACGUGCUUUGGUGUGAAGAUCUGGAACUUCUCAUACAGUCCUCCCGAUGAAGAAGUGUUAAUCCCAGUCCAUGAGAUAUUCAGCAUGCCCCAAGGACAAAGGAGUAACUGCUUUGUCCUCCGGAGCACAAACCGGACCUGCAGCCAUUUUAACUGCGCGUACCUGGGCGGAGAGAAGACCCAAACAUGUGUUUACCACUCUGGUACACCAAAGAUUUCCAGCCUCUUCCGCUGGAUGUCCCAAUCCACUCCUUGCAGCCCGGCGACUCCAUGCUUGUUCGUGCCUGGAAGGACGAGCCUCUCCAAGAGAAGUGGAAAGAACCACACACCAUCCUGCUGGUUUCCCAUACAGCAGCAAAGGUUGAGGGACACAAAAACUGGAUUCAUUACUCUCGUCUGAAAGUAGUGCCAGCUCCUGAACAGUGGACCAUCCAGCCUGCUGAGAAAACUUCCAGUGACGAUUUGGGAACUUAAGCUGUUAUUGAAGCCACAAUAAGGAGUGCUGGGGAAUGCCCUGCAAUCCCUUUGAACCGCCACAGCGCACUCCCUGUGAACACACUGAACAUUGGCUGUGUUCAUUUUCAGAGGGCCGGCCUAACCUGUCGGCCUGGAUCCUUUGGUUUUUAAUUUGCGUGUUGUUGUACUUCUUAAUCUUUCUUAUUUUGUGGGCAUUUGAGGCCUUAAGAUUUUGAGGGCCUAAAGUAAUCCGCCCAAUAUGGGUUCAGGUUCAGGGUUUGCCCUCCUGUUACUGUUUGCCAUAAUAUUGCUGCUAUUAAUUCCUAUGUUCCCCCAAAAGCAUGCAAAGUGGGAAGAUAAUAGUUUUUUGCAUUUAACUCAUGCAGUUGCUCAAGGUGUAAAUCAAUCCUCAUAUUGGGUCUGCAUACACACUCCCACCCAUACUGAUCAGGGCAUUCCACUAUGGAGGUUUCCCUUUCACUCAAUGGCACACUUAUAGAUCAGCUGUUUCCUGAUUGCAACUACAGCCCGGACCCCCCAGUUCAGACAUGGUCCAUCCAUAUGGUACCUCAGGAUCCCUAUGCUGCAUGCCACUGACGAGAUAAGGGAGACAAUACCAUCUUUGCGGGCAAUGCCAUGGUGGAGUGCAAUUACUCAGAACAUGUUUACCUGAGCCCUUCCUCCACCUGUGGUCGAGCCCCAUGGCCGGUCCCUACGGGAUCUGGCUGGUAUUGGCUUUGUAAUCAGACGGCUUAUAAAGCGCUCCCAGCUGACUGGUGGGGCUCUUGUGCCCUGGGAGCUAUGGUCCCUGCUGUCACAAUACAUCCAACAUUAAACCAAGGCGAGGUUCGUAAUCAUGUUUGGAGGAGCCGACGGAAUGUUCCUGUUAAUCCCCUGGCCAGUCGGCCUACAGGUUUUCAUUCUUUUGUCCGCUGGUUUUUGCCUUCGUUGGGAGUAAAUGAGUUAGAAAAAGCUAUUGUAAAUAUUUCUGCUGCCUUGGAAAUAAUGGCAAACUCCACAGCAGAUGCCUUAUCGGCUCUCCAAGGUGAAGUAUUUCAGUUGUCCCAGACAGUUUUACAAAAUCGUUUGGCCCUAGAUUACUCCUUGCUAAUCAGGGUGGAGUUUGUGCCUUAGUUAACUCCAGCUGUUGUGUGUUUAUAAACCAACAGCAGCAGGUGGAAACUGAUAUACAUGCUAUUAGAAAGCAGGCUGCCGCCUUUCACCAUAUUACCCUUGAUAACACCGGUACAGGAGUCCAAGAGGUAUGGGGUUGGUUAACCUCCUGGAUGCCCGAUUUAGGUGCAUGGGGUCGGCGUAUAGUGUUUUUGCUCUUUUGUGUACUCCUUCUCUUUGUUGUUCUUUUUGUGUUCAUAGAAUGCUGUAAAAUGCUCCUGAAUUCACUCUGCUCCCCCCGAUCCCCUGGUAUUUCCCAAAUAACUCUAACUAGCGACCCCCACACCUAUGAGCUAAAUCUGUUCUUAUCCUCUGCAUAUGAGAACACUCAGCCAAAAGUUUGUUGAGUUUUCUCAAAGGAGGGAGUUGUUGGUGUCACUAGACAUAAAUC